AUGAAAGACAAAAGGGACGACCCACCGAGGUCCGAGGUUUGGGUGAGAGAACUGCUAGAGAAUAUGAGGUUCUCCCAAAGGCCAACGCCGAAGUUCAGUGGAGGAACUUGUAGUGAAUACUGGGAGUUCAAGCGAGUCUUUCAGCGACACGUUGGGGUGGCGCAGAUACCUGAUACCUUGAAAUUAGAGACACUUCUCGCUGCCUACGCUGGGCCCGCUAAGGACGCUUUGCGGGGAUGUUUGCAAAUUCAAGAUCCCAAAGCCGGGUACAAGGAAGCUUUGGACAUAUUAGAGAAACGUCACGGCAAUAAGCACACUUACGUUUGCCAGCUAAUAAAGAAGGCCCUACGAGGUCCAACUGUGAGACUAAGUGACGCAAAGGGCCUCCAACAGUUCUCAGACGAACUGGGGAAUUGCGUGAGGAACUUGAAGGUCUUGGGAGAACUACGUCAGAUUGACACGUAUGAAUCAAUAAGCACGUUAGCUGAGAGGUUCAAGGGAAAGAUGAGGGACGACUACGUGGAUAAGGCGCAUAAAUACAAAAGGAAGUGGGGAAAGCUUCCUGGGAUCGAGUGGAUGUUGGAAUUCACAAUGGAUAUGGUCGAAAAGGCGGAGGAGGUCACAAAGGGACGAGGACAGGAAGAACCAAGCAGAAUUUAUGCAGACUCACGUCAAUCCUC